AUGCCGAGCACAGGUCGACUCCUCCUCGUCCUGGGAACGAUAACCUUCCUCCAUGCAGCCUACUCGACCUACGAACAUCUAUCGCUGCGGAAGUCCCUCGACCUCGGCACGUUGACGGAACACGGUAUGCCCAUCGACAUUACAAUCGAGACGCUGGCCUCGCUCCUCCUCCUCCUCGUCGGCGUGUCCCUCACCGCCGAACCGCUCAAGGAAGUCUCGUGGGCCAGCGAGAUGCGAAAACGGACAAUCGAUGCCGUCGACUCGCGACCUGCUUUUGCGACGCUCAACCACCGCGGUUCCAUCCUCUUUGGCGACCAACAGCAGCAGCAGCAGCAGUAG